AUGGAAAUAUCGAAAAAACUCAAAAAAAAUUUUUUGAUCGAGAAAAAUCACAUGAGGGUCCCCCUUAUGUGUUUUUUGACAUGGAUCACAUAUGCUGCAAUUACCUUCUACACAAAUGACUACUACAGUAAUUCAAAUGCAGCACUAUUUUUUAAUGUAAUUUUCAUGGUGCUUUCAAUUCCUGUUGGAUUUUUGGCUUGCUGGUGGAUUGACAAGUUUGGACUGAGAUCCGCGUAUCACAUUGGAACCUGGGCGAAUUUCAUUGGGAACAUCAUUCGAUUAGUUGCUUCUGGAACAUUUAUCGAUCCAUCUAUACGGUUUCCAAUUGCUAUCACUGGUCAAGCUGUUGCUGCGUUCGCCCAACCCUUCGUUAUGUUCCUGCCGACCAAACUGGCAGCAUAUUGGUUUGCGGAUAACGAAAGAGCCAUAGCUAAUACAUUGUCAUCGAUGUCAAAUCCUAUUGGAAUCGCUGUCAUGUACUCAUUGGCUCCAGUUUUUGUCAAUAAGACUACCCCGAAUAAUUUCUUUAAUAUGAAUAUUGCGGUCACUGCUGUUGCCCUGAUCCCAGUCAUUCUCUCAAUUUUUAUCAACAAAUCUAAGCCUCCAACGCCAGCUACACCCUCUCGAGAUAUCGAUGUACAAGCUCCACCAUUUUUAAAAGGAGUCAUCAUGUGUUUCAAAUCAAAAACCUUCAUUGUGCUUUCCAUUUGUUUGGGAGGUGGAAUUGGUCUUUUCAAUGCGCUGUACAAUAAUUUGCAACCAGCACUAUGUGUCAAGGGAUACAGUCCAACAUUUAACGGAGGAAUGGGUACAUUGUUGAUUAUGUCCGGACUUGUUGGUGCGGCAAUCAGUGGAAUCAUUGUGGACAAAUGGGGAGAGUUUGAGAAAGUAAUGAAAGUAUCCUUCUGUGUAGCCGGCGUUGCAGCCGCAUCCUUAUCAAUUUGCAUUAACUACGAAAACGUGGAGUGGUGGGUAAUUUUAUCAAUUUUCGUGUUCGGAGCUGCCGGAUUCUCCAUCUAUCCAAUCGGGCUAGAAAUGGGAGUCGAAGCGACGUUCCCAGUAGCAGAAGCCACAUCAACGGGACUAAUCAUCAUGAUCGGACAAAUCCAGGGUGUAUUUUAUGUGAUAAUGACGAAUUUAGCGGUUGGAAAGCCGGACCCACAUGACACAGCAAUUCAGACAUGCGUUGAUCAGAAUGAUCAGAUUCAUACGGUUCUUACUUGGAAAUGGCCAUUCCUCAUCUGGCUUGGAUGUAUAUCAGUGCUGAUAAUGUCGUUCGUUGUAUUCUUCUGGCCAAAAUACAAACGAAGGAAUUACGAACAAGCCAAGAAACUAACGGAGUAUUAA